CUCACCAUAUUAUCUACUGUUUGGUAAAGAAAUAAACUUGCCAUUCGAUGUAGACGUACAACCAAAAGAUAACAUGGGCAAAGAGGCAAAAGAACAUAUCCAAGAGGUAAUCGAAAAAUUAAAAAUAGCUAAAGAGAUAGCCACAGACAAUGUUACUCGUCGCCAAGAAAAGAAUAAACAACAUUAUGACAAAAAGGCAAAGGAACCAGAUUUUAGGGUUGGACAAAAAGUUUUAAUUCGAGUUUACAAAGUCCCCCCAGGACUUUCUCGUAAGUUACAGGACAACUCAGACGGACCUUAUUUGAUAACACAAUUGGGACCAAAUCACACAUAUCGUUUAAUGAAUAGCAACACACGCAAAGUAAUGAAAUCGUUGAUCAAUGCUCAACAUUUACGUAUUUAUCACGAUCCACGUAUAUUUAGACGUCAAGAUGACAUAAUCGUCACACCACAGAACAGUGAUGAAGAAAACGAUGAUCAUCAACCAAAUGCAGAUAACGCAGACACGGUUAACAAUGAAGUUGACAAAGAAAUAGUAGACGAAACAACGUAUGAAGUUGAAUGUCUACUUGGAAAGAAAACAAUGAAUGGAGUUGUUCAUUACAAAUGCAAAUGGAAAGACGGAUCAACUCCAACCUGGGAACCAAUCGAUAACAUUGCGGAAAAUCUUAUAGAAGAUUAUCAUAUUAAGUAUACUCAACAAGGUAAGCGACGCAAACGAAAAGGUAAUCAGAAUUAUCAAUAUUUCAAUCAAUCCCAGGAUUAAACAAAUCUUACGAAGGUAAGUGGCAUAAUUGCCUCUAAAGCCUUGAUGGCAGAC